AUGGCGCGCAGACACGGCGACUGGUCCACGGGACACGGAGACCCCAUGAGACUGGUGGUGGACCCCCGGCACCUCCCGCAACUCAUGCCGCUGGAGGAGCCGCAGCCCGCCGCGCUGGGGCCCACCCUGGGGCCGCGCAACUCCACGCCGGCUGGGGGCGAGGGGACGCCCGGGCCGCAGCAGCACUCUUUCCCCUGGGCGGUGACGCUGCUGGCCGGUGUGCUCAUCACCACCAUCGUGGUGGACCUGGUGGGGAACAUGCUCGUCAUCUUGUCCGUCUUCAGGAACAGGAAACUCAGGAAAACUGGAAACGCCUUCGUGGUGAGCCUGGCGCUGGCCGACCUACUGGUGGCCAUCUACCCGUACCCGCUGGUGCUGUCGGCCAUCUUCCACGACGGCUGGAUCGCCGGCUACAUCCACUGCCAGAUCAGCGGCUUCCUGAUGGGCCUGAGCGUCAUCGGCUCCAUCUUCAACAUCACGGGCAUCGCCGUCAACCGCUACUGCUUCAUCUGCCACAGCCUGAAGUACGACCGCCUCUUCUCGGGCGCCAACACGGUGGGCUACGUGGCGCUGGUGUGGGCGCUCACCGUCCUGGCCAUCGUGCCCAACUGGUUUGUGGAGUCGCUGCAGUACGACCCGCGCGUCUACUCCUGCACCUUCGCCCAGUCGGUCAGCUCGCUCUACACCAUCGCCGUGGUGGUGGUGCACUUCGUCCUGCCCAUCGCCGUGGUCACCUACUGCUACCUGCGCAUCUGGAUCCUGGUCAUCCGGGUGCGGCGCCGCGUCAAGCCCGACUCGCGGCCCAAGAUCAAGCCGCACGACCUGCGCAACUUCCUCACCAUGUUCGUGGUCUUCGUGCUCUUCGCCGUGUGCUGGGCGCCGCUCAACCUCAUCGGCCUGGCGGUGGCGCUGGACCCCGGGCUGGGCCGCGCCAUCCCCGAGUGGCUCUUCACCGCCAGCUACUUCAUGGCCUACUUCAACAGCUGCCUCAACGCCGUGGUCUACGGCGCCCUGAACCACAACUUCAGGAAGGAGUACAAGCGCAUCGUCCUCAUCAUCUUCAGGUUCCACUGCUGA